ACGAGCGCCGCCUUGUAAGCACCGGCCUUGCUCGCCGGAGAAAACAAACUGCGCGGAUUGCAGCGUGAGCGGAGCCGCACGCGGGCCGAAACACAAACUAAUCCGGCACAGGAAGGCUGGUGUGAAGCACACAGCAUGACUAAGACGCCUCCUCACCGGCGAGGGAUCACGUUUGAGGUGGGGGCACCACUGGAGGCCCGGGACAGUCUGAAGAACUGGUAUGCUGCCAGCAUCGAGAAGAUUGAUUAUGAGGAUGAGAAGGUCCUGAUUCACUACAGACAGUGGAGUCAUCGCUAUGACGAGUGGUUCGACUGGAGCAGCCCUUACCUUCGGCCUGUGGAACGAAUCCAGCUACGGAGACAGGGCCUGCAGGAGCACAACAUGGCCCCGGGUUUUCAAAUCAACCAGAAAGUUUUAGCCAGCUGGUCAGAUUGUCGCUACUAUCCUGCGAAGAUCCUCUCCCGUGAUAAAGACGAUUUUUACACAGUGAAGUUUUUUGAUGGCGUUGUUAAGACUGUUAAAGGGAUAAAGAUUAAGCCUUUCAGAAAGGAGAACACGAGCAACAAGCCGGGGCAGCCGAGCCGAAAGCGGGCAGCAGGAAAGAACUGUAAGACCAAAGAGAAUGGGAGGAACCAUCAGGAUGGCGAGACAGAAUCCGAGGAAGAAGACUCAAAAGUGACCGACAAGUGUGGCAAGCUUCAGGACACCGUGCUGGCUGAAAAGGAACCGUCAGAGAUGGCGAACGGCCACAAAGCGGAAGAGGAAAAGCCAUCCGGCGAAGACCUGAAGACAGACGCACAGGAGAACGGAGGAGGGGAAGCAGUGGAGAUGAACGGAGGAGAAGGAAGAGAGCAGGAGAAAGCUGGGACACUUCAGAACGGCACCCAUGAGAGCUCUGGAGAGGGACAACAGAAAGACGAGAAAGAAAAAGAUGCCAAUCUGGGCCAGAACAGGAGAACGAGAGGCAAAUUAGUAGAGGGAAAAGACAUGGAACGGCCCAGCAUUCCGGAGCUGAGGAAAAGGCGUGCGUCUACGGGACAAACUCCUCCAUCCAAGCGGAGCAGAGCCAAUACCACAGAUAGAAACAGUCGGUCCCAGAUAAGACCUGCUAGAUCCGAUUCUGUCCCAGAAGGCUUCAGUGAUAAGGAUGGUCUCUGCAAGACGGGUCUUCUGGAGAACCCCAAGCCGAUUGUACAGACGGCGUCUACUCCUGACCUCGCCACACUGCUACAGCGACAAGUCCACCUCCCAACCACCAACAAGUACAGCAGGGAACCAUUGUACAGGGUCAUCAAGAACCAGCCGCCGCCCAUCCUCUCCAUCGAACUGGACCAUAACCCGUUUAAGUGCCAGGUGCCAGGCUGCACCAAGUCCUUCCGCAAGGCGUCUCUGCUGCACUACCACAUGAAGUACUACCACUCUGAGAGCGAGCUGUGCUCUUCACACAGCACCCACGCACACCCCUCCGAACCUCAGGCCCAGGAGAGCCACACACACACCUCCGAGACUCCCCGCAGACGCCGCACCGUUUCAGCAUCACUAGACACUCCGUCCCCGCUGAGUGACAGUAAAUCCAGUCACACCCCGUCACCCCAUGCUGCCAACGGCGUGCAUCGUCAGCGCAGCUCCUCCCACUGUGAGAGGAGCAAAGAGAACCAGCACACCAACCGCACACUCCAUGACGACAGAGACUGGGUCACCAUGGAAACAGAACGUGACAAGAGGAGAGAAAAGAAGCAGAGGGACUUCUGCAUCAAGCCAAAGAAGAAGAAAAAGAAGAAAAAGAGGUCCAAGUCCGGUGAAGACAGUGGCAGUGACUGGUCAACAGACAGCCCUCUGUGGAGCGAGGAGGAGUCGGAGACGGGGCUCGAUCUGAACACGCCUUUCUCUGAGCAGGGGGUGGAGACGGUGGGUCAUGACUCAGAGAUAGUGCGCUGUGUGUGCGAGGUGCAGGAGGAGAACGACUUCAUGAUCCAGUGUGAUGAGUGUUUAUGUUGGCAGCAUGGCACAUGCAUGGGCCUGUAUGAGGACAGUGUCCCUGACACCUAUAGCUGCUACAUCUGCAGGGACCCUCCUGCUCAGAGACAGAGUCAGCGCUACUGGUACGACAAGGACUGGCUCAGCAGCGGUCACAUGUACGGCCUGCCCUUCUUAGAAGAAAAUUACUCUCAUCAGAAUGGCAAGAAAAUGGCAGCCACGCACCAGCUCUUGGGCGACGUGCACCGCGUGUUCGAAGUGCUCAACGGCCUCCAACUCAAAAUGAGCAUACUGCAGGCUCAGGCUCACCCAGACCUGAAACUGUGGCGGCAGCCCUGGAAGUCCUCCGAUGGCAUAAUCAGGAAGGGGACGGGGCAUUCCGGCAUGACCACUCCCUCUCCCUCCUCCCCUCAUGCCGUGGACUCCACAGAUGGUGAGCAGGUCAAUUCCAAACAGCCCGUGCCUCCCACCUGUUCCUUCCAGACGUCUUACAUCAGCAGCGAGCACUGCUACCAAAAGCCACAUGCGUAUUAUCCGGCACUGGAGCAGCGGCUGGUGGUGGAGACCCGCAGCACAGAGGAGCUUCUGGAACUCGAGACGCGCAAACUGCAGCUGACCAACGCUAAGGAGUUGGAGUGUCGCAUGAAGCUGCUGGCGGCAGCUGAAAGAGAGAAGAGUUACACAGCACAUGUUAAGGAAGAGGAGCCUGACCCAGUGACUCAUGACUCCAAACCUGACCCUGACCUCCUCCUACACCGGCAGUGGCAACUGAACCUGCUAGAGCACAUCGAGGCCGUGCAGGACGAGGUCAGCCACAGGAUGGACCUCAUAGAAAGGGAGCUGGAUGUUUUAGAAAGUUGGCUGGACUACACAGGUGAGCUGGAGCCUCCGGACCCUCUGGCUCGUCUCCCGCAGCUCAAACACCGCAUCAGACAGCUACUGACUGACCUGGGAACAGUGCAACAAAUUGCAUUGUGCUCCUCAUCCACAUGAGGGGGUCAUCGCACACAGAUUUCCUCAGAAACGUACGGCAGAAGAGAGGUGGAAUUUAAAAAGAGAGACUUGAACCUGAGCUAAAGCUGAAAAAUAAGUGGUAUCGGUGCUGUGGGAAAACUGCGAGCCAAAACAAACCAACCCCUGAGAGUAAAAAGGAGAGAGAAAUUACUUGAAUGUUUCAUAUGUUAAAAGGGUUGUAUGUAAUUCAGGGUUGUGGUUCAAUUUUGGGCAUCAUUAAUGCCUCGUUUUUGUUAUUAUUAUUAUUUUUUUUGAAGGACUAUAAUGUUUAUGGCAUUACAUGCAAGGGAUAUUAUUUUGGUUAUUUUAAGCACUUAAAUUUGUUUAUCAUCUAAAGUUCUAUUUUUUAUUUUAGUUGGUUGGUUGGUUGAUUUUUUUUUUUUGUUCUCCACUGCGUUGCGAAAGUUAUGCAAAACCACCUUUUCAUAUGUGACCUGUUUAUCAAGAACUGUUUGAAUAUUUGACAUCUUCAGGUGAAGAGACUCUCUGAGGCAGCGACUGUGGUUUUGUAAGUAAACAUGGAAAUGUUUAAAGGAACAUAUAUUUUAAUCUCAAAGUACUUGCGUCUUGCUUUUAUAUUUGUAUUAAAAAUAGACAGUGUAAAUUUGCCUAUAUGUAAACUUUAAUUCAUGUUUCUGGUUGUUUUUGUUCUUUUCCAUUUGAUCAAAAUUGUAAUGUUAUUGACUGUGACUAAGUCUCCAUUCAUAACCACAAUAAUGAUGAUGAGGAUGCCGAUGAUUAACUUUUUAUCCUGUGUAAAUUCUGUAGUACUGUUCCUCUCGUGUCUGCCUCGGUUUUGGACAUGAUUACUUGUAUUUGUUUCCUAGGAAUGCAUAUUUAACGAGCACAAAAGGUGUUUUUGUUUUUUCCCUUCAUUUUCUUUUCACAAGCUCUUAGAGUAUGCUGUAAUAUUAUUUCUGUCCCCCCCCCCAAAUUUCCAUUUUUGGGCACGAGUUGCCUUUUUAACUUAUUGAGAAUUUAAGUUAUUGAUUCAGCUGUGGGUUUUGUUUGUUUGUUUGUUUGUUUGUUUGUUUGUUUGUUUGUUUAAAAAUGCCCACAGUGUCUGUCUGUCCGUCAUUCAGCUAGAACGGUGCAUGUCGGAGGAGCAGAUGGACUCUCCGUUUGUGUUCAGCAAGAGAGUGUCAGAGUUCAGUGCUCAUACCCCAAAGUAUUUUUCAUUUUAAUUUCAGUUCUUAACCUGCACUUGAUAUUCCAGAGCAACACAUUCAGAUGCAAAAAAUGUCUACGGUUUUCAAAUCUGAUCCUACAAGGAAGAGGGUAGAUAUUGUUUUAUAUUUUUCUAAACUUAAUGCUUUUCUUCGUGUAGCCAGUGAGCUGUAUGCAGCCUGUCCUCUGUACUUUCACUUGGCCGUGCAUUGUCUCAUCGUGUGUCCCCCUUCUUACAUCACUAGUCACUGGCAGUACAGUAAUCAGACGUUGUUUUAUAAAACUUGAUUUUUUUUUUUUUUAAAGCACUUUGUGUGGCGUCCAAAUUCUUCUGGACUUCUCAAGUAAAAAAAAAAAAAAAUCCCUUCUCCAACCUGCCGUGGAAACAGGAGAAGUUCCUUGUUGAGCAUAAUACAUUAGCUGAAGCCAAGGAAGAAAAAAAAAAAAAAAGUCUUGUCAGCUCAGCUUCUACAAGUCUGUGGUUAGUGUGCCGUUUGUAUGCCUGGUUAUGUUUAUAUUCUCUGGGGGUGUGAUAAUCUCCAUCGUGCCUCCUCUUUAUUUUGGUUUAAAUCUCCUUAAGGCAUAUUUACAAUAUCUGGGCUGCUGUUGUUGCUAAACCGUAUGGAAUUGCAGUUGAGGCUCAGGGGAACAAAUGCAUUUUUAAUUGCGUGUCUUAAAAAAAAAAUAAAGUAGGACUUUGUGGCUUUUGGUGAAGAUGUUUUGGUAUGGAGUAAUUGAAAAUCUGUAAAUGUGAGAUCUCAUUCGUGCUGCAGUUCUCAAAGUGAAGUCCAGGGACCCACAAGUGUCUGUGAGGUAUAUCCAAGGGACCUGGAUAUAUAGUCUAGGACCUGGCUUAGACCUGUAUGUACAUAAUUUAGGAGAGGAUAACUCGGCUCCUUAUAGGCUAAUUUGAAUCCAAGGAAUAACUUAGGAUGUGAGCCAAAAUUGCUACCUGGAGUGAACAGCCUGAAAAUUACCAAUCUGUUAAACAUUUAUGCUCUCAAGAUAUUGCUGCUUACGGAAGUACUAAGUUUUAUUUUGUAUUUUUCUCUUUAACAUUCCAUUGAUCAUAAUAGUAUGAUUUGAAAAUACAAUUUCUUUAUAUUAAUCAAAUGCUUGCUUUCUUAUACUCUCCUAAAUUAUGUGCAUAGGUCUGCCAAUUCCAUGAUUUCAUGUUUGAGGUAGGGUUUUCUCAUGUUUUCUGUAAAACUGCAAUGUGGGCUUUUUUUUUUUUUUUUAAACCAUGACCAUAGCUUGUUCCCUUUUCUUUCAAGCAUGAAAAUGAGGUCACUAAUGGAUUCCCCAUACCCAAAAACCCAUAAAAUGAGGUAUUGCACAUACUUCUGUGGUCAGUGGUACAAAAAUUAUUUUCAAUAUGGCUACCGGCAGCCAUCUUGGAUUGGUGAUUUUUGGCCCGUUUGCCCCGGAUCGUGAUUUUGGCACACAUCCCAAGUUGUUCCUUGGGUUCAAAUUAGCCUAUAACAGUAGAGUUAUCCUCUCCUAAAUUAAUAUCACAUAAUGAAAGUUAUGGGGUCUGAGCACUAAAGUCAACUCAGACCUAAUGGGUUAUAUUAUUGGAAAUUUCAGGAACAGAAAGAUCUAUGCUCCAAGAAGUCAUUAAAAAUCAUUUUUUGUAAAAUAAAUGUACAUGGUGGGGAUCCAUGGAAUUUCUUUUCCAGUUUAAGGGGUCCCUGGCUACAACCAGCAUGACAGUCAUUGCAUUCAGUAGAUUUUAUUUCAGUUAUUUAGAAAUACUCACCUACAAUUCAAGUACCUGGGGUCAGCUGUGCAGGAAAAUGGGGGCUGCGAGAGUGAGGUGAGAAAGAGAGUGCAAGCAGGGUAGAGCAGUUGGAGAAGGAUUUUGGGAGUCAUUUGUGAUAGGAAAGUCCCAGCAAAAGUGAAAGGUGUGUAUAUAUAUAUAUAUAUAUAUAUAUAUAUAUAUAUAUAUAUAUAUAUAUAUAUAGAGAGAGAGAGAGAGAGAGAGAGUAGUGAGACCAGCUGUGAUGUAUGGAUUGGAGACCGUACCCUUAACGAAGAGACAGGAGGCAAAGUUGGAGGUGGCGGAGUUGAGGAUGUUGAGGUUUGCGAUGGGAGUGACAAGGUUAGACAGGAUAAGGAACGAGCACAUCAGAGGGACAGCACAUGUGGAGAGCUUGGGAAUUAAGCUAAGAGAGAUGAGACUGAGAUGACGUGGGCACAUCCUGAGAAGAGAUGCAGAGCAUGUGGGAAGGAGAAUGUUGAGGAUGGAGCUGCCAGGCAAACGAAAAUGAGGAAGGCCAAAGAGGAGAUACAGUGGUGCUUGAAAGUUUGUGAACCCUUCAGAAUUUUCUAUAUUUCUGCAUAAUUAUGACCUAAAACAUCAUCAGAUUUUCACACAAGUCUUAAAAGUAGAUAAAGAGAACCCAGUUAAACAAAUGAGAAAAAUAUUAUACUUGGUCAUUUAUUUAUUAAGGAAAAUGAUCCAAUAUUACAUAUCUGUGAGUGGCAAAAGUAUGCGAACUUUUGCAAUUGUACUGCAAUAACUGCAACUAAAUGUUUCUGGUAACUGUUGAUCAGUCCUGCACACCAGCUUGGAGGAAUUUUAGCCCGUUCCUCUGUACAGAACAGCUCAACUCUGGGAUGCUGGUGGGUUUCCUCACAUGAACUGCUCACUUCAGGUCCUUCCACAGCAUUUCGAUUGGAUUAAGGUCAGGACUUUGACUUGGCCAUUCCAAAACAUUAACUUUGUUCUUCUUUAACCAUUCUUUGGUAGAACGAUUUGUGUGCUUAGGGUCGUUGUCUUGCUGCAUGACUCACCUUCUCUUAAGAUUCAGUUCAUGGACAGAUGUCCUGACAUUUUCCUUUAGAUUUCGCUGGUAUAAUUCAGAAUUCAUUGUUCCAUCAAUGAUGGCCAGCCGUCCUGGCCCAGAUGCAGCAAAACAGGCCCAAACCAUGAUACUACCACCACCAUGUUUCACAGAUGGGAUAAGGUUCUUAUACUGGAAUGCAGUGUUUUCCUUUCUCCAAACAUAACGCUUCUCGUUUAAACCAAAAAGUUCUAUUUUGGUCUCAUCCAUCCACAUAGCGUUUUUCCAAUAGCGUUCUGGCUUGUCCACAUGAUCUGCAGACAAGCAGCAAUGUUCUUUUUGGAGAGCAGUGGCUUUCUCCUUGCAACCCAUUGUUUAUUAGUGCUUUUUUCCAUUUUAUAUUGUGUAGUUUAUCUGUUAUUUUGUUUUUAUCUGUUUAUUUUAUCUGCUUUAUUCUUGUAAAGUGUCCUUGAGUGUCAUGAAAGGCGCUUAUAAAUAAAAUUUAUUAUUGUUGUUGUUCA